ACAUGGUUUCAUAAUAAACAAGAAUCAAAAACAAAACAGUAAAACUCUGCUACACAAAACUAAUUUUAAGAAUGGAGAAUUGUUUAGCUGAAGAAAACUUGGAUUUGGAAAGCAGUUAUGAAACCCAAGAAAAUGCAAAUGACUCUAAAACAAUGAAUGGAGAAAGCACCAUUUGUAACAAACCAAACAAAUCAAAAAGAUUUAGGCGGUCCUCCUAUGACAAGUUUACAGAAAUUAAAAAAAAGUUGAGAAACGUUACAGUGAAAGAUUUGGAAAAAGUUUGUGAACAUAUUGCUUCUCUUAAUGAACGAAUCAUGAAUGCCAGAGAAAUUACUUAUCUUCGAUAUGAAUUACCUGUAGAGAUGAAAAAUCAGCUGGAGAUGGAAGCACAAGAACUGGAGAGUUUGUAUGCGGAGAUGAGAGAUGCGACCAGGAACCUAGAGAUUGUACAAGCGCAGAGAGCUGCGUUGGGAACUGAGCGCAAAUGGAUGGAGACGCAGAUCAUCAAACUUAAAUCCGAAGCCGUAGCUGAGAUGGAGAUGAUUGUCUCUGUGUAUGACAAUGCCAUGAUGGACAGAUGGGAGGAUAUCAAACAAUCUGACUCUGUGCAGGCACUGGAAAACUUUCUUCAUGAUGUAAAGGGAAAAAUGGAAGCGAUGAAGAAUUUACAGAUUCUUGGGACAAACAAACUCGCGGAGUUGCGAGAAAAAGAAGGAAAGAAAGAAGUGACAAAAAAGGAGAAAAAGAGAAUGAAUAGAGAAAAGAAAAAAGAAUCCUCGACUAGCUUUCAAAGUGCUUCUAGUUCAAGUUUGAAUAUUUCCUCACAAACGACGUUCGAUACAGAAUCUGAUGAGCUACUGGAUGAGUCUUCAACCUUAGACAAUAUUGUCUACAACCUCAUGUAUGACAAUGUACUCAACCUCAACUGGGUGCCGAGUUCUAUGGAUAUAGACUGAGCUUACCUGCAUUUAAUAUUUUUGGGCUUUAAUUCAAUGCCUUAUAUGUUAACAGCUUAAAAAUUCAGAAAUGUAAAAUUUAAAUAAAGUGUUUAUUAAUUAAUAGGUUA